AUGACAACCAAUGUAUCAACAUUUCCUAUUACACCACUAUCAACAAACGAAGAAAUAUCUACCAUUUUUGUAGUUGGUUUUCCUGAAGAUAUGCUAGAACGUGAAUUCCAAAACAUGUUUAUUUUUUCUCCUGGAUUUGAAGCCGCCACUUUGAAAUUACCAAGUAAAGAUCAGGAAGAUGAUAUGAUGCCAAAUAAUAAUAUGCGAAAGCAAAUUAUUGGAUUUGCCAAGUUUCGGACUCGUAUGGAAGCUUUAGAAGCCAGAGAUAUUAUUAGUGGUCGAAAAGUGGAUGCUGAAAAAGGGUCAGUACUCAAGGCUGAAAUGGCAAAGAAGAAUCUGCAUACAAAAAGAGGAUUAUCUCAAGAAUCUCUUCAACAUCCAACUCAGGUCAUUUCUCCUCCAAUGAAUCCAACUUCGUAUUCUUCUGUAUUACAACAACAACCAACACAAUCUACUGCAUUAACAACAACAGGUCGAUUUCCUUCUACUUUAAAACAUCAUUCAACAUAUGAAGCUUUUUAUUCAGUUCCUUCCUCAACAAACUUGGAUUCAUUCUCUCCUACUACCUCUCCACCUCUCAUCAAUACAUCAACAUUCAGUGAUCCUGGUCUGUUUUCCUCUGUCCAUCCUAUCUCGUCUUUUGAUCUACGUGCAACAUCCGUCGGUGAUAUUUUCAAUACAACUUCCAACCUUUCCUCCUCUUCCUCAUCAUCAUCAUCGUCAUCCGGUUUCCCUGGCUCUGCAUACAAUCCUGCACGUCGGUUCUCCUCAAAACAUGUGUUUGAAAUGAACAAGGAUCAAUCUUACUUAUCUAAAUCAAUCCCGGCAGAUCAUCACUUUUUUUCACCUCCAUCUGAUGGUAUGACUCAUCCAACCACUUCCUUCACUUUACACCAGCAACAACAACAAUUCUUCAGUCAGACAAACGGAAUCUCUUCUUCAACAUCAUCCUCAUCGUCAGGAUUACAUCCUUUCUCUUCUCUACCUACAUCAUCAUCCAAUAAUGGAACUAUAAUCAACAAUAACAAUUUAUUCAGUACUUAUAGUAUCAAUGGAUUGACUAGCGUCUUGGAAGAAAGCGAUAAAAUUUCACCAGCCGCCUCUCAUGCAAGUUUAAAUGUCGACAAGGAACAACUUGAAACAUCAUGCCAACCACCACAAAACCACAUUUCAUCUCCACCUUUUAUGCCAACUCAACCAACAGUCAUCUUAAAUAACAACAAUGGAUUUCGGAAUUUCGGUACUGGUAUGAUGAUUGGUAGUACGAAUCCUGCCGAUCAGAAUCCACCAUGCAACACACUCUAUGUAGGAAAUUUACCACCCAAUACCAAUGAAGAUGAACUCAAGCAAAUGUUUUCCAAAUGUCUUGGUUACAAACGAUUAUCCUUUCGACAAAAAUCGAAUGGCCCUAUGUGUUUUGUUGAAUUUGUCGAUGUAGCAUGUGCUACUCAAGCAUUACAAGACCUAUAUGGAAAUCCUCUUAGCAAUUCGAUCAAAGGUGGUAUUCGAUUAUCUUUUAGUAAGAAUCCUUUGGGUGUUCGUCAACAACCAUUAUCUUCUAUGAAUUGUAACAAUAACAAUGCAUCGGGAUCUUCUAUGAUGGCCACUAGUCCUCCUCUUUCUUCUGGUAUACUUGGUUAUAAUGGAUUUCCUCCAUCCAUGAAUUAUCCUCGGCGUGAAAGCAUGACGUUUGAUCCUCAACUCUCCUGA